AUGGAAAAUAUAAUUUUUACUUCAUCAACUACUUCACAGCCAAACACACUUCAAAAACUCCUUCAAUAUAUAAUCCAUAGUCGUCAAGAAUGGUGGGUUUAUUCCAUCUUCUGGAAAGCAUCCAAAGAUGUCAAUAACCAUCUUAUCUUCUCUUGGGGCGAUGGCCAUUUUCGUGGAACUAAAGACACAGCUUCCGCGAAAACAGGCCAUGGCCAGUAUCAUCAGCAUCAGAAGAAAUUUGGCUUUGAUGUAAUUGAUGAUACUAAUAAUGAUAAUGUUACAGAUUCAGAGUGGUUUUAUAUGUUAUCUAUGCCACAGUGUUUCGUGGCUGAGGAUGAACUAGUAGUACGAGCUUAUACCUCGGCUAGCUCACACGUGUGGCUGGCUAGUUAUUAUGAAUUGCAGCUUUAUAAUUGCGAGAGAGCUAAAGAAGCUGAUUUGCAUGGAAUUCGUACGAUUGUGUGUAUUGCUACUCCUAGUGGUGUUGUUGAAUUGGGUUCUUCUGAUGUUAUUCAAGAAAAUUGGGAAUUUGUUCAGCUCAUUAGGUCUCUAUUUGGAUCAAACAAUAACGUGAAUACGACUUCUCAUCCGCCCAUCAAUCAAGUAACAUCGGGAGAUCACCAGAAGGUUGGAAAACGUGGAUCACCUUGGCAAGAAUCAGAUGUUAUAAAGCAAGAAAUGGUUAUAGGAAACCUAAUAUCAGAUUCUGGCAAUUCCGAUUUCGAGAGCGAGUCCUCACCUAUCAACAAUGUUGUCAAUCGGUCACGAAAGCGGGGAAAGAAGGGUGAUUCAAGCAGUACAUUAAUAACAAGUCGAGAAACAACGAUGGAAAUUCACGUGGAGGCCGAGAGAAAAAGAAGGGAAAAAUUGAACCAUCGAUUCUAUGCUCUACGAAGCGUUGUUCCGUAUGUGUCCAAAAUGGACAAAGCUUCAUUGCUAGCAGACGCAGUUACUUAUAUCAAUGAGCUCAAAUCUAAAAUCGAAGAUCUAGAAUCCAAAUUAAUCGAGCCCCAGAAAAAACCUAUAAUUAUGGAGCAACACGAUUCUUAUAGUGUGUCUUCUGUUGUAACUGAUCGAGCUAACAAUAAUAAGUCAUUAUUUUCGAGCAGCUUUAACGGGGCACAAAAUGGGAUGGAAAUUGAGGUGAAAAUUAUAGGAUCGGAAGCCAUGAUUAGGGUUCAGUCUUUGGAUGUGAAUCAUCCGUGUGCGAGAUUGAUGAACGUGAUGAAAGAGCUGGAGUUUCAGAUUUACCAUGCAAGUGUUUCCAGUGUUAAAGACUUGAUGCUUCAAGAUAUCGUGAUUAGGGUUCCUGAUGAGUUAUCAAAUGAAGCAGCCCUAAAAUCCACCAUAGUGACAAUAUUAAGUGUUGCUGAGAAUUAGUAGUAAGCAUAUAUUACUGCAUACUGACUUGCUAUCUAUAGUAUACCUAUGAUUAUCCGUGUAAUUCAAUAAUCAGGGACUCGUGUUAAUUCCUUGAUUCGUGUGUUUUCGUAUUUUCAUUUCCCUAGCUAGUAGUUGUGGAUGUAAUAUAGAUCAUAUGCAGUAAGUUCAUUAAUUAAGGGAACUUCUUUAUGCAGGAUAUAUAUAU